AUGGCUAGCAUACCCGCUUCGGAGAUGUUUCCAGGUCCUCCAAAGGUCGCUUGCUACACGAUGAGGGUGAGGAUGACAGAGAGGUACGACCCUAAGAUAGCUGAAGCGAUGAUAAAGCUUCUAAUCAAUCAGCACGAACGCGUGGGGGGACUCAACCCAACCGACUUGGCCUUGGCCCUGGCUUUGGCCCUCGCCUUCGGCAGUGAUUUCCAUUGA